GGCUUUACGAAUGUCACGCGUGUUGCGCUACUGUGCUUUGAGCGUUAUCAUUUUAUCGUUGUUUUACAUUCAAAGAGCAAUAAAGCGAGUAAACGAUUAAAGCAAACGCAUCUUAUCCGUUGAAUAGAUACGAACAUUGCAAUUCAUUUGCACAUAGUGAGUGUACGAGUCACUUCAGCACCAAACCAAAACCACAUAAUGGCUUUUGUGGGAAAAGUUGUUCUCAUCACAGGCGCCAGCUCGGGAAUCGGAUCUGCCACAGCGAUUCAUCUGGCUCAAUUAGGCGCUUCGUUGUCACUAAGCGGACGUAACGUGGAUAACUUGAACAAAGUGGCCCAACAAUGUGGAAAAUCCAAGCCGUUCAUUGUGACGGGAGAACUGACCAACGAGAACGAUGUCAAAAACAUUAUAGACUCGACGAUAAAACACUACGGCAGAUUGGAUGUUCUGAUAAACAACGCCGGAGUUUUAGUUAAGGGUAGUAUAGAGACCACGAGCUUGGAAGAAUACGACAGAGCUUUCAAUAUAAACGUUCGCUCGGUGUUUCAAUUGACAACACUGGCGGUGCCGCAUUUAAUCAAAACCCAAGGUAACAUUGUCAACGUCUCGAGCGUAACCGGACUGAGGUCUUUCCCAUAUUGUUUGGCGUACUGUAUGAGCAAAGCUGCUGUGGAUCAGUUUACACGCUGUAUCGCUUUAGAAUUGGCACCAAAGCAGGUGCGCGUAAACGCGGUGAAUCCCGGUGUUGUGGUAACAAAUCUUCACCGUAACAGCGGAAUGAGUGAGGAGCAGCUGGAUACUUUCUUUCAACAUAGCAAGGAUACGCACGCUCUGGGAAGAACGGGCGAUGUCACGGAAGUCGCGAAGACCAUCGCUUUUCUGGCGAGCAACGACGCCAGUUUCAUAACAGGCGCGACGUUACCUGUGGACGGAGGUAGACACGCUAUGUGCCCUCGUUAAAUAAAGUCUUCUGUUAUUUUCUACAUGAAAUAUAUGAUAUAUUUGAUACACAUAAUAUAUCACAUUUACAAUAUAUAAUAACGGUAGUCCACAAAUUUUUUGUGUAUUUUCUAUUAAAUAGUUCUAAAACAUGUUAAAAAUAUCUGAGAUUUAUUAUUGUAGGAGAAAUGUUUUUGGGGGGGAGAUUUCAUAUAUAUAUAUAAUUUUUACACAUAUAUACAACAGAGUAUUUUUCUACUGUAUCCAUAAUUUGCAUUGUAUACAAGGAUGAGUCUUACUACUCCGCAAUAAAACUACAUUCAUUA